AUGAAUGUUUUUUUUUUUGAAUGCGAUACGCGUAUUGAUCAGCAAUUGUCGCGUCGUUGCUGCAUCUUUUACGGAGCGUCGUACAACACGAUGCUUUUGCUCAACAGUCCGCUCGGCGGUCGACUCAUGCGUGGGUACAACACAUUCUUUCAGGCAUUCUUGUCCCUGCGAAAUAUGCCAUCGGUGGUUGCGACGGGGGUGGUUGUGCUUCUCUCGGCGCUGCUACACCGCGUUGAACCGUUUCUCGAGCGGAUUGCAGAGUUGCUGUUAGCCAAUCGCACAACUCGCCGCAGUAGUGAUUUUGCCGCGAUCCAAAUUGGGUUUGAGAGCGGCUGGAACAGCAACCGGACGCCGGGGUGGCUGCUGGAUGUGAUGAGGGCUGCUCCGGCCUUCAGUCUGGGGCUGGAACGCAACUAUGUGCAUGUGGAGGUUCCCAUUCGCCAUUUAACAGAGCGGAAACCGGAGGAAUUGAAUGAGGGGUAUUAA